AUGCCUUCUUCAUCACACCUCCGCAUUCAAACUUCCUUCGAGCCCUUUACGGCUGAGACUACCCGCUCCCACUUCAUCUCAUCACCACCGCAAAAGAAGCAGAAGAUGUCUCUCACCCAAACCUACUACAUUGCUGCCUCUGCCCGCUCCAAGCUCGGCAAGGAGGCAUGCAGGGCCGACCACAACCUCCGCCUUCUCGUUGGACACGCAAACCUCCUCGACAGCCUCAUGGUCGAACUCCAAGACGCCGAACGCCAGCAAGAGCAAUGGUUCAACCAGACCAUGGCCAAGGCCUCCAAGACUGAAGAGUCCCGACACAUCCAAUGGGCCGACAGUAUCGCUGAGGAGGAAGAGGACGACGACUCGGAAUCAGACUCCGAGUCCGAGAACGAGGACGACUUCGACAUGAUCGCACUCCCUCGCCGCAUCGCUCAAUCACCGGUUCAGAUCAGCACAAUGGAGGUGGACGAGGAUGAGGACGACGAGGAGGAGUUCUACGACGACAUGGAGGACGACUCAGAACUGGCUCUUACCCGGGUACCAUCGCAAUUACAAUCACCACCCGAGCUCACCUACGAGGAAGAGUCCGACGACGAGUCUCCACCCACAUCGCCCCCGCAAGCGUCCUUCAACUUCACCGAGAAAGAAGCUAUGCUCACAACAACCUUCUACGACGCCAAACCACAAUCACAAAACAUCGAAGACCAUCCGCUAUUCAUGGAUACCACCGCUCCGCUCAUCUCAAGUUAUUAG